CGACCUUCCGCAUUUUAACCAAGAAUCAUACUAUCGCAAUAAUUUUAGAACAAGUUCAACAAUGAAUCCUCUUGAAGACCACGAACGGAAAGUUAUUAUUGAAUUUUGUCACCUAUUAGAGAAAUCAAAGCAACUCUUCAAUGGUUUACGGGAGCUCCCUCAAUAUGGUCACAAGCAAUGGCAUUCAUAUUUUGGACGUACGUUUGACGUGUACACAAAGCUGUGGAAAUUCCAACAACAACACCGCGGUGUACUGGACAACAAGUACGGCCUCAAGAGGUGGCAGAUUGGUGAAAUUGCAUCCAAAAUCGGGCAACUGUACUAUCACUUUUACCUGCGCACAAGCGAAACUGGAUAUUUGAGUGAAGCCUUUUCAUUCUAUUCCGCAAUUCGAGGCCGCAGCUACUAUACGCAGGCGAGCAGAGAAGACAAGUGCGAACUGAUGGUCAAGAAGCUCCGAUACUACGCAAGAUUCAUUGUUGUUUGCCUUCUCCUCAAGAAACUUGCUCUCGUACGAGACUUGAUAAAAGAACUCGAUAAACAAAUCAUAGAGUAUGGAGCAACAUAUGAUCCGGAGGACCAGAUAGAAUGGACUUUCGUUAUGGAUGAAGUCAAAGCCUUUAUAGUCGCUGAAGCUGCCGUGACUGUCCUUCACCCUGACAACUAUCCCAUAGUUCUCUCUCACAGACUCAAUAUCAUGAGCGUACCGCCACCGGAGCGGCUAACAGCAGCAACUCUAACACUUCAAGAAGCCGUAAUUGUGGGCAGCGUAUCGCAGCAAGUUAAAUUCUCAGAAUUAACAAUGGAUAUGUAUCGAAUCUUGCAAACCCUAGAAUGGGAACCAAGUGGGGAAAUGCCCCAAGUGUACAAUGAAUCCCCGCGACAUCGUUUCACUGCAACACCACAGAUUAUUAAAGGCUACAACCACGACAAAACUGGACGCCAUGAGAAUCCUCACAAGUACUUGCUAUUCAAACCAUCAGCCGCCCAAGUGUUGGUGUACUUAGCCAGUGGUUGCUUUGAUCUGCCCUCUAAUGGAGCUCUACUACUCUACAUCUCUGCCGAUGCUCUUAUUGUUCCAGCUUCGAAGAUAUCUGAAGACACUGGAUACGACGUCGGUGGUCUUAUGACAAAUGUCAAGAGCGACUUGUAUCGCGACCAUGCGUCUCGCGAACCAAGACCGACAGUAUCUAGAACCAAAGAUCCGCAAUGCAUCCACCCAGGGGACUUGUACCCUUUCACCCGAUGCCCUCUGUUCAUUAUCAUCGAUUCGGACAAUUCCUACAUCUUUCAAAACAUACCGCGGCACUUUGCGCAGCCGCUAGUCGUGCUGAUGUCGCCGUUGGAAGUUCCGAGUACAUUUCCGUCGGAUUACAGGAAGGAGGGUAGUUUGUUCACGUUGUUUCUGCACUCGCCGCUGUCGGCAUUCUGCUACUGCUGCGACAUUAAAACAGUGCCGCUGGUGCAGUGGGAACGGUCUCAGAGUUACAUCGAAACCUUCAUUGUAGAAGCCGCCCAAGUCAUGAUGAGACAUCGAAUUGACCCAACAUUCAUAGCAUUCAUGUCUGACGAUUUCUUGCGGCUACUGCUACUUCGCUUCAUGUUCUGCGCCGUGGCACUGCGCAUGCACCGCGGUUUCCGCUCCAGGAACCAGCUGCCCCGCUCCUCGCCACCCCUUCCCGACGACUUACUCGAACACCCGACUCUCGUGCACAUCAUCAUGGACCUAGCUGUUCACCUACAGGUUAGAAGCCACUUCCAUGAUUCAUCUGGUCCACCAACAACCAGCAAUUAA